UGGGGGAGGCCGAACUUUCUUCAUCUUGUGGAGGGGUCCCGACCAGGUUGUCAUGAGCAGUGAGUUCCUGGCGGAGCUGCCUUGGGAGGAUGGUUUCGCCGUCCCGGUGGCGAACGAGGAGAACAAGCAACUGGAAGAUGAGUUGUCAAAGCUUCAGAAUGAGAGAGCAAACUUGCAGGAUCAGCUGCGUGACUAUGAAGAUCGAAUUAAUAAUAUGUCUUCUCACUUAAAAAAUGUUCAGCAAGAGUUCACAUUUACGCAGUCUCUUUACAAAGCAAGGGAGCAUGAGAUUGAAAGUGAAGAACAUUUUAAAGCCAUUGCCCAAAGAGAAUUGGAACGAGUGAAGGAUGAAAUCCAACGACUGGAAAAUGAGAUUGCUUCAAUACAGGAAAAGAAGAGUGAUAAAGAAAAUGGCAUAUUUAAAGCCACUCAGAAAUUGGAUGGUUUGAAAUGCCAAAUGAACUGGGACCAGCAGGCACUGGAGGCCUGGUUAGAAGAGUCAGCUCAUAAAGACAGUGAUGCUCUCACUCUUCAAAAAUAUGCACAACAAGACGACAAUAAAAUUAGGGCACUUACUUUACAAUUAGAGAGACUAACUGUGGAAUGCAGUCAGAGAAGAAAAGUACUUGACAAUGAACUUACAGAGACUCUAAGUGCACAGUUAGAAUUGGAUAAAGCAGCACAAGAUUUUAAUAGGAUUCAUAAUGAAAGACAAGAACUCAUUAAACAGUGGGAGAAGACAAUAGAACAGAUGCGGAAGAGGGAUGGCGACAUAGAUAACUGUGCCUUGGAAUUAGCAAGGGUGAAACAGGAAACAAGAGAAAAAGAAAAUUUGGUGAAGGAAAAGAUCAAGUUUUUGGAAAAUGAAGUUGGGAAUAAUGCAGAAUAUGAGAAGCGGAUUUCUGCUGCUGAUCGUAAACUCUUAAAAUGCAGAACAGACUUUGAGCAUCAGGAAGCUGGUCGGAUUCAGCUGAAGGAUGAGCUGGAUUCUUUGAAAGCCACGGUGAAUAGAACUUCCAGUGAUUUAGAAGCUCUGAGGAAAAAUAUUUCCAGAAUCAAGAAGGAUAUUAAUGAAGAAACAGCAAAGUUACAGAAAUUUAAAAAUCACAAUGAAGUUGUAAAAGAUAAAUUAAAGUGCAUUACGGAGAAAACCAUGUCUGUGGAAGAGAAAGCUACCAAUUUGGAAGAUAUGCUAAAGGAAGAGGAAAAAAGUAUAAAGGAAGUGGACAUUCAGUUGAACAUAGUGAAGGAUGUGCUGUUUAAGAAGGUUCAGGAGUUACAGGCAGAGAAAAUGAAAGAAAAAGCUAUUCUAUCGGAAAUUGAAGGCACUCGCUCCUCUCUGAAACAUCUAAAUAAUCAGCUACACAAGCUGGAUUUUGAAACGUUGAAGCAACAGGAAAUUAUGUACAGUCAGGACUUCUACAUUCAGCAAGUGGAACGGAGAAUGUCACGGUUAAAGGGAGAGAUCAAUUCAGAGGAAAAACAAGCUCUUGAAGCAAAAAUUGUUGAACUAAAGAAGUCAUUGGAGGAGAAGAAAUCGACAUUCGGCCUCUUGGAAACACAGAUCAAGAAACUUCACAAUGAUCUUUAUUUUAUCAAGAAGUCAAACAGUAAAAAUUGUGAUGAAAAACAGUCUCUUAUGACCAAAAUAGAUGAAUUAAAUCUUUUUAUUGAUAGAUCAGAGAAAGAACUUAACAAAGCCAGAGCUUUCAAACAGGAUUUGAUGAUAGAGGACAAUCUUUUAAAACUUGAAGUUAAACGCACUCGACAAAUGCUUCACAGUAAGGCCGAAGAAGUUCUGUCCCUGGAAAAAAGAAAGCAGCAGUUACACACAGCCAUGGCCGAGCGGACGGAGGAAAUCCGGGUCCACAAAACAAUGCUUGUUUCACAAAUCAGAUACGCUGACCAGGAACGCCAAAGCAUAAGUGCAGAGUAUAAUGAGCGACUAAGUAAAAUUGAUAAGCUGAAGAACAGAUAUGAAAUUCUGACUGUUGUUAUGAUGCCUCCUGAGGGAGAAGAGGAGAAAACACAGGCCUAUUAUGUAAUCAAGGCUGCUCAAGAAAAGGAGGAGCUUCAAAGAGAAGGUGACAGUUUGGAUGCGAAGAUCAACAAAGCUGAAAAAGAAAUCUAUGCUCUAGAAAAUACAUUGCAAGUGCUGAAGAACUGCAACAACAAUUAUAAACAAUCUUUUAAAAAAGUUACCCCUUCUAGUGAGGAGUAUGAAUUAAAAAUUCAACUAGAAGACCAGAAAAGAGCCAUUGAUGAAAAAUACAGAUACAAACAAAAACAAAUCAGAGAACUUCAAGAAGAUAUACAGAGCAUGGAAAAUACUCUAGAUGUCAUAGAACACUUAUUAAAUAAUGUCCAAGAGAAAGUGUCAGAGAAGCAAGCUUAUUCAUUUCAACUACAGAAAGAGACUGAGGAGCAAAAGCCAAAAUUGGAAAGAGUAACUAAACAGUGUGCUAAACUCACAAAAGAAAUCCGUCUUCUGAAAGGAACAAAAAAUGAAACACUAGAGGAACAAGACAUCAAACUUCGUGAAGUUAAACAAUUUCACAAGGUCGUCGAUGAAAUGUUAGCUGAUGUCAUAGAAGGAAAUGCUGAGCUCCAUCUAAUACUGCAAACAUACUUUCGACAGAAUGGGUUAGAACUACCUAUAACUGGUCCCAAAGGCAGCCGUCACAGUUCUAGAUCAGCCUCGCAGAUUUCACUGCUGUCAGCAAGGUCAUCUAAGAGUACAAGUUCUUCUGCAUCUCAGUCCUCAGUUAAAGUGUUAGAGCUCAGCUUCCCAGACUCCUCUGCGCCGGAGGGCAGCACCACUCAGCCAGCUAGAGGUAGCAGUAGCCCCAGCAGCAAGAAGGGCAGCAAAUGAACGUUUAUUCUGAACUAGUUGUAAAUGCAAAAAUCUCCUAUUUUACAACAGUAAAUCCUUUUCUAUGUU